AUGAGCAUUGAGUACGACGUCAUAGGUUACAGCCUCGUGCCAGUGCCCACCCACCUAUUCAAGGUUGUUUUGGGUGUCAAUGCUCGCAAUUUUGCAAAGGAACAAGUGCGUGACUCCUCGCUAAGGGGUGCGGGUGCGCCACUUAAAUCCCAAGUGCUGUCCUGGCCCGAAAGCCGACCGCCCCCAGCUAUCUUUGGCGCCUUCGUUAUGCCAAACAAAGCCAUGCCCGAUGAUCAGCAUGCUGAACGCUUCAGAGUUCCUCUCAGUUUCAUUGAGUUGACAACAGGCAUUGACUUUGGAGUGAUAAUGGACAUCAUCGAAGUCGCUGAGGGUAAAAGUGUAGAGGCUGUGUUAAGGCAAAGGAGAGUCCUGCGGUCUGUGGCAAGAAGAACGGAGUCAAUCUAUUCGCCCUCAGGCCGUUUUAGGAAGGAGAGCUGCGUUUCGGAGGAAGAGGAGGCCCUAGUACAGAGUGAACUUAAGCUCCUGGAAUACGAUGUCUGCUCUGUAUUCCAUCCCAACCGUAAGGUGCUCAGCAAAAAACGGCACAAGCGAACUUUCUGCAAGUACUCGUGA